AUGGGCUUGCGAGAGCAAGAAUCCCAUCUGUCAUAUUCUCAUCAAAUCUUUAUUCUUUGGGAAACAAUCUGCAGCAUUACUUUUGCUCAUCUCCUUGAUAUUCUAAAAAUCAUCGACAUCAUUCCAACGUCUCCGGAAGACGACCGAGCCAUGGAAAACUCAACUACACGCAAAGACCACACAAGUUCAACCAAACCAAAGUUUAGACUAUUUCAUUUGAAAUCUGGAACUGGAACCCAACAACUUUGUGCGACGAUUCAUGUCGAGAACAUGGACAGUGCAGCCGCCAAUGGUUACAUCUGCUUGUCCUAUGUCUGGGGUACGGAGAUUUCCACGGAACAAAUCAAGGUUGAUGAGAACGAAAUUUCUAUCCAUACGAGCUUACUUACUAGCCUUCGGCACAUCAGAAAGCCGCACCACACGUUGGUUCUUUCGAUUGAUGCUCUAUGCGUAGACCAAAAUAAUCCGGAUGAGAAAGCUAGUCAAAUAGCAAAUAUAUUCGAGAUGCUCACUUGUUUACAUAUGGCUUGGAGCGCCACCCAAUCAUAUCCAUACCACAGGGAAUACAUUUCAAUUGAUAACAAGCACUAUCAUGAGUUAGCUGGGUACUACAAAGCAAACUCUGGACGGAUUUGUUUUGGAGAGAACAGUAAAUUCAACGAUCUCUGGGACAGAUUUCUGCUGGUAGCCAAUAGCACCUGGUUCACACAUGUAUGGACUGUUCAAGGGCGGUUUUAUCUCCCGAUACUGUUUUGUGCUACGGGAAUUGGUGGUCGAUUUUCUGGCAGAUUGAAUUCAUUGAAAGGUUUAGGCAAGAUUAUUCGUUGCAAGAUCACUCUCUCCAUUUUCAGGACACAAUAUGAGCGUUUCCAGAAUUAA